AUGGCGCGUACCAAGCAGACAGCCCGCAAGUCCACUGGUGGUAAGGCUCCUCGCAAGCAGCUCGCCACCAAGGCCGCUCGCAAGUCGGCCCCUACGGCCGGCGGUGUGAAGAAGCCUCACCGUUACCGCCCUGGUACCGUCGCUCUGCGUGAGAUUCGUCGCUACCAGAAGAGCACGGAGCUGCUGAUCCGUAAGCUCCCCUUCCAGCGCCUUGUCCGUGAGAUUGCUCAGGACUUCAAGACCGACCUGCGUUUCCAGUCGUCGGCUGUUCUUGCUCUCCAGGAGUCGGCUGAGGCAUACCUUGUGUCGCUCUUUGAAGACACGAACUUGGCUGCCAUUCACGCUAAGCGUGUCACGAUCCAGCCUAAGGACAUUGCCCUUGCGCGUCGUCUCCGUGGCGAGCGCAGCUAA